ACUUCCGCUGUACGUCAUAGCAACAAUACACAACCUGCGAGGAGAAGGUGAAGCCGUGUACAUUUUCUAAAAUGGGUCGUUUUAAGUAUUACACACCAAAUGAGGUUGCAGUACACAACACGUUGGAAGAUCUGUGGGUUUCUUUCUUGGGAAAAGUCUACGAUUUAACGUCACUUUGCGAAAAAUAUAAAGGUCAAAUAUUACUGAAGCCAAUUAUAGAAGCGGCAGGAAAAGAUAUUUCACAUUGGUUUAAUCCUAAAACAAAGGAUAUUCGCACUCAUGCUGAUCCAAUCACAGGAUGCCUGGUUCCCUACACUCCUCAUGGUCGCUUCAUACACAUUCCUCCGCCAUGUCCGGCCACUGAUUGGGCUAACGACUUUGGGAGGCCGUGGUGGAAAGACGAGACAUACUGUGUAGGAAUUCUCUCAAAGAAAACCCGAUUUGUUAAAAUCAUCAAUACAUUAACAUCACAGGAACAAACUAUUGAGGUUUGCACAGAGGAAAUCAUGCAGGAAAUUCUGACGCGCUACCUGACGUAUAACGCACAUGCCGCCAGCUACACGUGGAAGUACGACGGCAGGAAUCUGGAGAUGGACAAGACUCUGGAGGAAAACGGCAUCAAUGACGAAGACGAGGAAUUCUAUCAGCUGAGGAUGAAUGAUGAUACCUAUCUUCAAGCCAUUCAUUUGUACUUCAAUGAUGAUUUAACUGAGGCAUGAGAGAAAUUUGAGGGAAAAAAAUGAUGGAUGCUUUGUUGACAAACAAUUCUAGAAAAUUUUUCUAGCAGGAAUGUAUGUUUUUCUGUGGCAUUAUUUUCAAGCCUUGGGUAUAUAUUGC